AUGGCUAACUCGAUGGAUGUCUGGGCUCUGACAGCCUGGGGCGAAGGCCUUGAAAAGAUUAUCCAGCCCAUUCCGAAAGUGAAGGGUACUGAGAUCCUAAUCAAAGUCACCCACGCCGGGAUUUGUCAUUCAGAUCUUCACACCGCCGAAGGUUUCUAUGACACAGGCAAAGGACAGAAAUUCUAUGUUAAAGACCGUGGCAUCAAAUUACCAGUCGCUUUGGGGCACGAGAUACUGGGAGUUGUCACAGGAACUGGAGAGGACGCGGUGCAUAUCGCCAUAGGAUCUCGCCAGAUCGUGUAUCCGUGGCUUGGUUGCGGAUCGUGUACUCGCUGUCACCAGGAAGAAGACAACCUGUGCGCGGCGCAAAAUGGCCUUGGAACAAAACAAAAUGGUGGAUUCGCCGAAUACGUGGUUGUACCACAUCCCAAAUACCUAGUGGACCUAGGAAACCUCAAUCCCUCUGUGGCAUGUACAUUUGGCUGUUCUGGAAUCACCACUCUUAGCGCAGUUAGAAAGAUCAUGCCACUGCCGUCUGAUGAACCCGUCCUCUUGAUCGGUGCUGGGGGCCUAGGGCUUGCUGCUAUAUCAGUGUUAAAAUCAUUUGGCCACGAAUUCAUCGUGACAGCAGACAUAAACGACGAAAAAUUGGCUGUUGCUACUGCAGCUGGAGCAACGAAGACGGUGAACACCACUGGUCCGUCCGCAUACGAGGACAUUCUUGCGGCCACCAAUGGCCCUGUUCUUGCUGUUAUUGAUUUCGUAAACUCCUCAUCAACCGCCAGUUUAGUCAACAAUCUAGUUGCCAAGGGAGCUAAAUGGGUGCAAGUCGGCGUGAUGGGAGGAUCUAUUGAGCUGUCACUUGUGGCAAACAUUUUCAAAGGUCUUACCAUAUAUUCCAACAUUACCGGAAAUCUGGAAGAGCUGCGAGAUGUCGUGAAGCUAGCGAAGGAGGGAAAACUCGGCCCCUUGCCAGUCCAAGAAAUGCCCUGGGAUUCGGCGAAUGAAGCAAUGGACUUGUUAAGAGCGGGAAAGGUUUCAGGUCGACUUAUACUAGUAAAGUGA